AUGCCUAACGUACUUGUUAUCGGACCCACUGGCUAUGUCGGCUCGGCUCUUAGCGAGCAGCUCAUUCGCAGCGGUGAUCAUUACGUCUACGCCGCAUCUCAGAGUGAGGAGGAAGGAUUCCGCCUCGCUACCAACGAAAUUAUUCCCCUCAAGGGGAGCCUUGAUUCUCCUCAGGCGGCAUUUGAACUCAUUAGUUCAAACAAAAUUGAUGUUAUUGUGGAUACUACCAGCUAUAACAACAAGACAACCAAGUCGAGGCUGCUAAGCACCAUUGUGGAUGCUGAGAAGAUCAGGCGGGAACAGCUCUCCAAGGACAAGCACCCCAUUCAACCAAAGCUGGGUUUUGUCACUGUGAGCGGAAUAUGGACUCAGGGAUCGACUGAGGAUCCUUACGGGAGCUUUCAGAAGAUGACUGCUGAAUCGCAAUCAGCAGUACCCGAAGAGGGCCUUAACGAGUCAAAGCUUCUAUAUGAACAAGAGGUUUUGGCGUCUAGGGCAAUCCUUGAUGUCGCUGUCAUCCAGCCAUCGUUUAUAUGGGCUCGAGGAGGUGCCUCUUGGACUCGCAUCCUGGGCCCUCUUCUGGCGGUGAAUAAACUGCAGCUAAUCAACGGAAACAGCGUGCAUCCGGUGUUUGAGCUGGUGGGAGAUCAGUUCCCUAUUGGUUUACUGUUUGAGCGCGACGCUCAUUAUUUUGGAUGCAAGAGGAAAGCAGAAUUGUACAAGCCUGAGAAAACAGGCUUCUUGGAUGUUAUUGGCGGGAACCACAACGCCAAUAGAACCAAGGCUGAGCAAAUUCUAGGGUGGUAUCCUAAGAAGCGAUACUUCUUGAGAGACACGUUCAUCUACGCCAAUUCAUUCAUGGCAGCUUUGGCACUUGCCAAGCGCAAGUAG